UUGGGAUUUUAAACAGUGAUUUUGUAGCAGUCAGUCAUGAUCGAGAUCUCAUGCAGCUUUGAUGACUAUGUGUUCAACACAGGUGAAAGAUACUACAGAUGCACUGCAUCCUAUCCACCCAACUCAACUGAUGAUGACUACAAAUUCUUCGAACCCCCUCAAUAUGAUAAAUCCAGCAAUGAUGUCACAUUCGUUGAAAUUCGUGGAUUCUGUCACAAAAUCCCACAAGGAUUGACUGAUAUUUUUCCAAAUAUGAAGGUUCUUGGAAUUUAUAAUGCAGAUAUCAAGACAAUCAGCAAAUAUGACAUAGCUGAGUAUAAGAAUAUUGAGAGAUUCAUUUGUGAGAAUUCUGAAGUCGAGUUCCUCCCGCGUGACUUAUUUGAAGGCUUUAAAAAUCUGAAAUAUAUUAAAUUCUUCCGUAACAAAUUGUUGACUGUUGAGCCUAACAUCCUUGAUGGACUUGAUAAGCUUGAGUAUGUCAACUUUAGGUCGAAUCCAAAUUAUUCCAAAUUCUAUUCAGCAAGUCCAAUUUAUGUCUCAGACUCGACUUUAGAGCAACUUAAAAAUCAUCUUUUUGAGCAAUUUCUGGCAUUAGAUCAGGAAGUGAUCAAAUUCUACAUUGAAUGCCAUCCAGACAAGUUUGAGAUUUUGAGAAUUUUCAGAGAAAGAUCCAACGAAGUCAACACAAAUUUAAGGAUGCAUGAGCUUACUUAUGAGUUUUAUUAUCAAAACAAAGUCAAGGAUGUUGCUGAACAUCAGGAAUUUGAGGAACAGUUGCAGCACAAGAUUGAAGAAUUAGAAGAGAUAAAUGCUGAGUUGCUUGAUAAAGUCAAAAUGAUUAAGGACAUUGAAUUAAAACAAAAGCAGCAAGUUGAAGAAUUAAUGAUUGAAAUUGGCAACGAAAGAGAAGAAAAGAAGAAGCUAAAGUGGAACUUACAGAAGCAAAUUGAUGAUUUGGCACAGCAGCUUCAGUCAUUUUUGUUAAUUGAUGCAAAAUAGAUUUAAAAUUGACAAUAAAAAUUAAUAAAUGAAA